AUAUUAAAACUAGUUGCAGAGAUAAACUUAAAGUAGCACAAAGAAUCUAUAAAUUGACUGGGAUCAUGUUAUCCUUUGGUGCUUUAAACGCUUUGUCAACUGCAGAAGAUAGUAGCGUGGGUAUUUUUUAUGAAGUCAAACAGGAGGAACAGGAAGCAGAAGCUCUGGAAAUGUACAAUGAAGCAUUGAGACUAUAUUGUAACGAUGAGUUCAGCCCUGCAGAGAAACUUUUUUCAAAUGUUUUGCAAACUGAUCUUAUAAUUCAGGCUCCUGAAUCAAUAGCAGAUGGAGAAAAUUUAGUUAACAGCCCAGCUUUAUUUUUAAAGUACAAUGUUUUGAAAAAUUUAGCUCGUAUUUAUGAGAAACUUCAGGACAAUGAAAAAGCAUUAGACUUCUAUUUAAAUGCUUCUGUUGUUGAUGAAACAGAUGUAAAUUUAUGGCUAACAAUUGCUUCUAUAGCUAAGAAAGUUCUCAACAUACGAUUGGAAAGGUUUGCUUAUGAAAAGGGUUUAAUAUGCAGCCCUAACAAUUGGCCUUGUCUGGACAAUCUAAUCAGUACACUGUAUAUUUUGGGGGAUUAUGCAGCUUGUCUAGAUUUAAUUAACCGAGCUUUUCAAAGAAAUGACAGUUAUGUCAAAGGUCAUGCAUUCAGAGAUCAAAUUUUUAAAGAGGAACCUCAUUUUAAAAAUGAUUGCCUUGAACUCGAAUAUUUAUUUGCAGAAGAUCAAUUCAACAACUCAGAUAAAUAUCAGGAUUUUAUAGAAGAAGCUUUAGUAAUUCGAGGAAAAAGAACACUAUCUGCUAAACGUGAUGAAAUACAAGAGGAAAAGUUUACAAAACCGUUUAUUUAUUACACAUGGGUAAAUUUUGGUGAGUGUUUGUUGUGUUUGUACAAUGAUUUGGUAACUAGAACAGAGUGCAAGUCUUUGGCAGCAAGAGUUGAUCUUAUGAAAUAUUAUAAAACUAAAGAACAACAAAAUGGGCUAUUAAUUCCUUCAGCAGAAAUGUUUAUAAAAAAAGGAUACAAAACUGGAACAAAAGAGCUUGAAAGUAAAAAGCGUCGAAAAUUAAGUGGACAACAAGAAGCCACUGAGCCACAACCCAAAAGAAGAUCUGCCAGAGUUAAGAUUUCAAAGCGUAAAGAAAUAGAUGUUAACUGGAGUGAUUUAAUCAGUUCCUUUCUACCUUCUUCGCUUAAAUCUGAUACUUCCACUGAUACUGACUGUUCACAAGAUAGUCUUACAGACUCGUUUCCUGGAAAAUUGAUAAGCCAAGCAAGCAAUAUUGAGUCAUUCAAAAAAGAACUUGUUGCUGUUUCUGAUUUUGUGAACAGUAAAGUUUCAAACAACGGCUGUAUUGAUCUUUUUGGAGCAUAUUUGUUAGCUAUUGUGAAGUUCUAUGAGCAGCAACAACAAUGGCAACAGGAGUUAAGCAGCAUUUUUGUUAAUAUUUAUAAGAAAUACAGAAAACAUGCAUCUUGGCCUAAUUUAUUCAGUUUGCCCUCAUUUAAUGAAACAGAAAAAGCGGAUUUAGGAAAGAUGAUUCUUUUUGCUUUGGAGUUAGAACUUGAGCAAUUGAUCAUGAUGAUGGAAACAGAAAAAAGAGAAUCACCUGCAUCUUCUCCUUUAAAAAGUUUGAACAGCAGAAAAUUAAUAGCAACAGAUUUUUUGAUUGAUUUUCAUUAUUUAUCUUUUUUGGGUGCACAUAAUUCUAUAAUAGCUGAACAAGAUUUUAAAUUUAGAACAAGAUUUUAUUGGCUUCAUGCAAAUUAUUGCAUUAUGCAAAAUGAAAUUGUUCAAGCUGUGAAUGCUCUGAAUAAUUGUGCUUAUACCUUAUCAAUUGCAUCAUUAGAAGAAAUAUCUAUAUCAAAUUGUUGCAAAGAUAAUAUUAUCAAUCAACGAACAAUUAUGAAGAAAUUAGAAUUUGUACAGCAAAGUCAAACACUUGAUGAGAUUCAGGUUACUUUUAAUGCUGGAAAAUAUGAAGAAGUUAUUGAUCUUUUAAAGUUAGCACUCAAUGAAAAGAUAGGAAAAACAGGUUUAACCACAGAAAGGCCUUUACAACUUGUUCUCUUGCUUGAAUCCUAUUUGAAAACUGGGCAAAUUAGGAAUUGCAUAGAAUGUUGUUUAAUUGCAUUAAAUGAAGCAGUUGCUUCUGGUAUAUCUGAUCUUUGGAGAGUUCAUUUGAAUCAUUUGCUUGUUCUUGUUUUUGACUGUUUUUCAGAUGUACUGUUCCAUUAUGAUUAUUUGUUAUUGAAAGACAAACAAGUAUUUGCUGACAGCUUUAUAAAGAUUAUAGAGAUAUCAAUGACAAUUGAGCAAAUUGAGAAUCAUUGUGUUUCAACCUUGCCUUGGAUACUGCUUCAUAAACUUUUAAAAUUUGAUUUGUGUUUGAACAAAGAAAAUACUGGUCAUUCUUUAAUUGAGUUCUUAAGAACAGCUCAUGAUUAUCUAGGAAGAAAACACUGGUGUUGUCAUGACAAAGGAAUGUUUCUUCAGUAUUUUAUUAAAGAACUGCAAGAAAUGAACACAUACGAUUUAAAAUUGCAUGAAAAAGAGGUGUUUCUUAAAGAUAUGGAACAAUGUCUUUAUUGUUUAUAUGGUGACCCAUGUAGAAAAUCUAAAUCAAAAGUACUUGUUGAUCAUAACGACGCUCCUAUAACACUAAACUGGUCAAAUGCAAAAGUUUUGUAUGACUUUUAUAAGCCAAAUGAAUUACCUCAGUUUGAUCUUCGAGCUAACACCAUUACUCCUGAGGUUCAAAAUGUCUUCAGAAAAAUUGUUGCUAUUGUUCCAAAGAAAGAUAUAGAAGCAAUACCAUUUGAAGAACUGGUAUUAUAUAUUGAAGGUGGCAGAGAUUUUCCUGAGAUAGUUGAGAAACAAAAUGAAACUCCUGAUUUGUUUUAUUACCUUGGAGAUUUUUAUUUCAAAAAUAAAGAAUUUAGUAAAGCUCUUAAAUUUUAUAUGCAUGAUGUGAGCAUUAAUCCAAAUCGAUUUCAAUCAUGGGCAGCUAUGGCACUUGCUAGAGGAUCACGUCUUGAAGAAAAAAUAAAUCAGUGCGAUCUCAAAAGUGACAGUGUUAUGAGAAAACAUAUAACAACAACUUUGAGAUGCUUUGAAAAAGCAGUAUCAAUUAAUAAUGAAAAGUGUGUUAUUCUGGAAGAGUAUGGGCAAACAGCUUAUAUGUUAAAUUCAUAUGCAUCUAAACGUCUAAAAGAGGGAACUCAAGAAGGGAAACAUGAUUUACCAACAAAUGAAUAUUAUUUAAAAAUGAAAAACGAUAUGUUAAAUCUUUCUUUUAAAUGUUUUAAUGAAGCCCUACAGAAAGCAAGUGGUUGUGAAAAUGAACAGUGGCUUCAUUACUAUAUGUUAGGAAAAGCAUCAGAAAAGCUAAAGCUAUCACCUGAUCAGUAUUUGGAGUUUUACCAAAAGUCACUGCGUGAACUUUAUAAAAAUGGUGGUCAAUUUCAAAAAAAAAUAUCUUAUCACGGUGCACCACAAUACUCUAUCGAAGUUGUUGAGUUGUUUUUUCGGAUUCAUGCAUCAAUUUUAAAGGUGUUGAUGUACAUGGUAAAUAUUGAAUAUGAUAUAUUGGAGAAGCAUUUAAAUUUGGCUUGUUGUCAAGCAGUUUAUCGAGAAAUUAAUGAUGAUAUUCAUAAAUACAAUGUUUUCACUCCUGAUGCACCCACUCCUGAUGCAGAUAGCAAUAAAUAUUUUAUAAAAACUCAAAGCAUCUUGCAGCUGUCAGGAAAUAAUUAUUUGCAAAAUUCAUUAUCAAAAACAUGUUUUUUUAUUAAGCCAGAUAAAACUCUUCUAAAUGACGUUGAUUUUGAAGUUAGUUUGCUUAUUCAAGAUAUUCUUCUAAAAAUUGAGAGUAAUUUAAUUUCUGAAAGUAAUAAGUUAUUGCUUAAAUCUAAAGAUUCUUCAACUUGUACUGAGAAAUUUGAUUUGACAGUUAGUAAAAACCAUUCUUUAAAUUUAUCUAUAAACAAUCAAAUUGAUAACUCCUCACAAAAUGACUUGUCAAUUGUAAAAUUGUUACUAAGUGACUUAGUAGAGCAGGUUUCUAGUGACAGUAAUCAAAAAUCUCAUCCUCCAAUCUCACUAGUGGCGCCCUCGAUCAAUCUAGAUUCUUUGUCUUCGAGUGUUGGUUCUAAUGAAAUAAAAUAUUUAACAAAUACCAACUUAACAAAUUUUGGUUCUGCAGAAGAAAAAGGUUUCACAACAAAUGGAUCUACUGAGAAAGAAAAAAGUUUUUUAACAAUUGAAAAAGAAAGGUAUUCUGAAGAAGGAAAAUGUUUUGGCAAUUUACUUUCAACUUUUAAGAAAAAUUUAGUGCAACGUAAUUUUAAAAAUAAAGAAGAAAGAUAUCAAUAUAUAUCAAUAGCACAAAAAUGUUUAGAUGCUUUAGCUUUUUGCUUGCAGAGAUUUCCUGAACAUUAUAAAAGUCGCUAUAUGAUGUCAUACUUUUUUAUGGUUGAUAAUGAGUUCAAGAAUUUAAAAAUCAGUCGAAGCUUGCUACUUGGGGACUGUAUUGAAUCAAAUUUACAUUUUAAUUUAUCCUCCAAUGGAAUAAUCUCUAGUAAAAAGAAGACCAACUUAUUCCAGUACUUGUGGCGUAUUCCAGUCAAUGAAAUUGAUAGACCUGGAAGCUUUCUUUCUCAUGUGUAUUGUAUUGUAAAACUACUUUUGGAUAUUCUUUAUCAACUUGAUGAUACAUAUUUGCUUCUUCAUGUAGCAGCAUUUUUGCACAAGACGCCAGAGAAGGACAGGAAAUAUUUACAUGAUAAUGAUCGUGCUUAUCUUGCUAUAAAGGCUUUUGAUUUUCUUUUGGAUGUUCUAAAGAAGAAGCUAAACAAUGUUACCUCAGAUAACAAUGAAAAACAAAAACUAUUUUCUGAAACCUUUGCAGCUUUCAAGCAUUCUCAAAAACUUCAAGUAUCAAUGAAGACCGCAGAAUAUUUAUUGAUUGAAAGCUACCUUAAAAUGCACCCAGACAAGGCUAAUGUUGAAUUAAAGUUGGUUUUGGAAGAAGCCAUGAAAAUUUGUUAUCAAUUUUAAAAAAAAAUAUUGGAAUAUUAAGUAGAAAAUGUUUUAAGUUUAUAAAUACUAUAUUUAUUAUCUGUUAGUAAAACAAAUAUAAAACAUUGAAUGUAUAAAAAUG